UUUUCUUCCCCACUCUCCCACUCUCUCGGUAAUUGGUUCGGUAAUAUUCCCACUGCCUGGAGUGAACUACCAAUAAGGACUCCGACUGUCAACGGAGGAUGUCUGUGGCGCAGCGCAGAGAAAUUGUCUAAACCUAUUCAAGAUACCUGUAGCAACUGUAAAAGUGUUGUUGUCGCAUCGGUGUAAAGAUCUCAUCUUUUUUUUUGUUAUAAGCAAUUGGAACAGAUAUAACAUUUACACACAUUCCCAUACAACAUCACCGUGCGCUGAUGGACAAUUACGCGCAGAAGUUGCGGUGCGUAAUCAUGAUAAUCAUCGCGGAUGGCUGUGUUUCAUGUUCUUGGAUUAUGCGUACAAGCUUGUUAUGAUACCUGGUCAUCGCCUUUCCUUCGUCUACAGUGGAGAAGAAAAGUAACAAAGGGACGCACAUGAUGAGAAGCGCGGGGUUGUUGCUUGGCUACUUUUUGGUGAAAGUUCUUGUAUGCGACGCGGAGGGGGAGCCAGGGCAGAAGCUAGACGGCUUUAUUAUGGUACAAACGGGUACCAACGAGUCAAAAUUGAACGGAAAGAAUAGCGUUUCGGAGAGUCCGCAUACAGAGGACAGGUGCCGGGGUUAUUACGAUGUGAUGGGCCAGUGGGAUCCGCCGUUUGUGUGCCAGACGGGCAGUUACCUGUACUGCUGCGGGACCUGUGGCUUCAGAUUCUGCUGUGAGUUUACAAGCUCGCGGCUGGACCAGACCACCUGCAAAAACUAUGACACCCCGCCUUGGAUGAUGACAGGCAGACCCCCGCCUAAGAAAAAAGACCCCACUCACGACCCCACAAAGGAUAAAACAAACUUAAUUGUGUAUAUAAUAUGUGGAGUUGUUGCCAUAAUGGCCCUCGUUGGGAUUUUCACAAAACUUGGACUUGAAAAGGCGCACCGUCCACACAGAGAAAACAUGUCAAGGGCUCUAGCCCAGGUGAUGCGCCAGCCUGGUCCAGGAGAACACUCAGAAGACAUUGGAGUGCAUGGACAGCACUAUGACAACAUGCAAGCCAACAGGGUACCUGCGAACAGUCUCCAGGCUAACCAGAUGAACAGUGUGGGUCCAGGAUCAUCACUAAUGCCAGGCUUAGGGUCUCCUCCCCACCCCUACCCUUCCCUGGGACAGAUCACUAGCCCCUAUGAGCAACAGCAACCUGGGAAAGAGCUCAAUAAGUAUGCCUCCCUCAAGGCUGUCGCGGAGAAGGUUAACGACAACUUCUACACCAACCGGCGGCACAUGGUAGAGAUGGCAGCCAAGGGCAGUCUCCCUAUGCACCCGAUGCAUCGCAUAGAGCAGGAGCCCAGCAACCCCUACAGCCCUCCCUUACAGCCUUCCCUAAAGCAGAACGGACACAAGUCCAAAAGCACCAAGGGCCACAGCAGCCACAGCAGCAGCUCCCAUACCCUGGCCUAUGGCUCCAAUACAAUCACUAACCCGGGGAUGCAGAAGAACUGGGACGGCUCAGAGACGGUGGGCCGCAGGCAGAGCCACGGCACUAAGAAACACUGCACCAUAGAGCAGGUGAACGAGAUGCACAGCACCUCGCGCAGCCAGCACUACAUGCCUCCGCAGCCCUACUUUGUCAGCAACAGCAAGACAGAAGUGACUGUCUGAUCUGAGAACCCACCCCACCACCAUAACCACUAUAACCCCAGCUGUAAGAAAGAGAGAUCGAGAGAGAGAGUGAGAGAGAGAGAGAGAGAGAGAGGCUGAAGUAGGACCUCUCUAUGGGUGCUGUGUGUCUUCUAAUGUGUGUGGCUGACUGUGCAUGUGACAGGCAUGUGUGGGACUCCUGCCAGUCGGAGGAGAGUGACCCGAACAACAUACUCCAAACCUCCAAGUUUUCGGUCAUCACUGUAUUGAUGAUUAUAUUGCAACUAAUACAAACAAAUCAUAUACUGCAAGUCAGACUAAUAACAUCAGUGAGCAGAGCAAAGUAAUGAUUGACCUCUGAUGGACAGAUUAGCCAGGAUGAGUCUGGAGCCAUGCAGCGGUGGAAGAGACUGGAACUGGACAAAAGCCCAGUGGCAAUAGACUUUUCCUAUUGUCAGUAUAAACUGAGAUCUCAAAGGGCCUGAAAAUGUGUAUCAUCUCAUGUAGUUUCCACUGAAUCCGCCUUGGAUAAGCCAGUGGGUUUGAACUAGACGCAGUGGAGCAGAGGAGUGGAGCAGCCGAUAGUAAAGGGAUACAUUGUUCUCCUCAACAUUGAUUGACAUUUCCUCAGAUGUUGUGUAGUGUAUAUACUGUGCGGGGACUUGUUGGUAAUGCUCAAGCUUGGGAACCUCAGGCUCAUGAUUACAUCUAUAGGGAAACAGUAACCAUUUCAGAUAUGAACUGUAUAUUCUCCUUCAGAAACUACAGAGCAUGAGGUGGAUGAGACUGCACCAAACCAGUUCUGUAGCCACAACGUUACACACACCCUACUCUGCUCUCUCUGGUGUUAGGGCUGUGCCUUUCUCUGAGGAAACUAUGAAAUACUGUUCAAAUCAAAGAGCUCGUCUUAUAAACCACUGCAUAAGUUGUGGAAUUUAUUUAAAUGUCUUCAUCUUGCAAACAGGUCCACAGCUGUCAGUUGAAAACGGUGAGUUGCAUCUAUCACUUAAACAUUCUUUAUUUCUGUUUCCAUUCGACAAUGCAUUGUGUGUGUGUUUACCUUGGUACCUUAGAACAAUGAUAGAGAAAACACAGAAGGAAUUGUGUCCUUUCCAUACAUGUAACGUCACUGCCAAUAAAUGAGUGAAUAUAUUGCCUAGAAUUCCAAAAUUGAUUAGUAUGGGAUUAAUAUUGUGCAGUGGUACCUGUUUCUCACCCACCUCCAUCAAUACUACCAAAUCUUUACAUGGCCUAGAGCCAGGCCCCAAGCUCAGACUGUUGUGGCAGUAGAAAACUACUGAGGGCUCCUUUACGGCUACCCAGAGAGUUGAUAAAGGGUUGUGGAUGUUCCUGAAACAGCCAUGAAAGGUAAAGCCUGGGUAAAUAGAGUGGAUGGAUUUCAUUUAGUAUAAGAUCAACCCCUGGAUUAAGACAGACAAGGUCCUCUGAAAUCACCAUGAGUUGAUGUCAUUGCAUGCACAAAUCAAACUUUAACUAUAUGUAAAAUAGAAAUUGCAAUACAUUAUGUACUAAUUAUUGACUAAAAAAAGUAUUAUUUGUUUCUUAUUUUUCUUAUUGUUAUUUAAAAAAUAAAAUCUAAUUUUCAUCAACUUUAUAAGAUAUACACAUAAAAAUAAAAUGUGUUCAUUUUGAAUAUCGGGAGUAGCCUACUAAAACAUCUGAGAGUACGAAUGUACACACACACAGGUCAAGAUGUGCCUGUCUUUUCCAUUGGGCUCGUUGUGCGUCAUCAGAUGAAAAAUAGUACAUUUUUCUCCCAACACUCCAUUCUUGGGAGCCCACACGAGCAACACAGUGCAUUAGCAUGCCACACUUACCAAAAAAAGCUUUUUAAAUAAAGGGCUUCUGAUGCAAUUUGUCAUGUGUUGCGUUUGUCACUGCCCACUGAUUCAAAAGCAGCCCACACUUUCUCUGUAUGUCUUAAUCAUGUCUCUCAACUUUCCAUGGCUUUCCACUGUCCAUUUGUCUGUCUACUAGUGACAAAGUGGCUCUAAUGGCUGGAGGAGUGACAGCCAGCAGCUUGACGCUCAUUCUCUUACUCACCACAUGAGAUCUGGUCAGAAUAGACGUGAGUCACAUUCCAUUUACAUUCCAUUUACAUCCCUGCUCUUAGAACUUUGGAAAGCAUUAGAGGUGGACAAAAAGUGUUUAUUUUGUGGUUGGUACAGUAUGAAAAAACACAAGUCGACAUUUUUGGAUUAGACUAAGGGAACAAUCCUCCAUACUGAUUUGCUAAGGCCUACUAUACAAUACUGAUUUGCUAAGGCCUACUAUACAAUACUGAUUUGCUAAGGCCUACUAUACAAUACUGAUUUGCUCAUGCCUACUAUACAAUACUGAUUUGCUAAGGCCUACUAUACAAUACUGAUUUGCUCAUGCCUACUAUACAAUACUGAUUUGCUAAGGCCUACUAUACAAUACUGAUUUGCUCAUGCCUACUAUACAAUACUGAUUUGCUAAGGCCUACUAUACAAUACUGAUUUGCUAAGGCCUACUAUACAAUACUGAUUUGCUAAGGCCUACUAUACAAUACUGAUUUGCUAAGGCCUACUAUACAAUACUGAUUUGCUAAGGCCUACUAUACAAUACUGAUUUGCUAAGGCCUACUAUACAAUACUGAUUUGCUAAGGCCUACUAUACAAUACUGAUUUGCUAAGGCCUACUAUACAAUACUGAUUUGCUAAGGCCUACUAUACAAUACUGAUUUGCUAAGGCCUACUAUACAAUACUGAUUUGCUAAGGCCUACUAUACAAUACUGAUUUGCUAAGGCCUACUAUACAAUACUGAUUUGCUCAUGCCUACUAUACAAUACUGAUUUGCUAAGGCCUACUAUACAAUACUGAUUUGCUAAGGCCUACUAUACAAUACUGAUUUGCUCAUGCCUACUAUACAAUACUGAUUUGCUAAGGCCUACUAUACAAUACUGAUUUGCUAAGGCCUACUAUACAAUACUGAUUUGCUAAGGCCUACUAUACAAUACUGAUUUGCUAAGGCCUACUAUACAAUACUGAUUUGCUAAGGCCUACUAUACAAUACUGAUUUGCUAAGGCCUACUAUACAAUACUGAUUUGCUAAGGCCUACUAUACAAUACUGAUUUGCUAAGGCCUACUAUACAAUACUGAUUUGCUCAUGCCUACUAUACAAUACUGAUUUGCUAAGGCCUACUAUACAAUACUGAUUUGCUAAGGCCUACUAUACAAUACUGAUUUGCUAAGGCCUACUAUACAAUACUGAUUUGCUAAGGCCUACUAUACAAUACUGAUUUGCUAAGGCCUACUAUACAAUACUGAUUUGCUAAGGCCUACUAUACAAUACUGAUUUGCUAAGGCCUACUAUACAAUACUGAUUUGCUAAGGCCUACUAUACAAU